AUGCGCGGGAAACCGUCAGAGGAGAAACAGGUGGAGAUGGGGGCUGCGGAGAACGGCACUGAGGAGGACCUGGGGGGCCUCACGGCAGAGGAGCUGCGGCAGGGCCAGGAGGCGGCCCUGACGCUGGAGGACAUGAUGGCGCUGAGCGCCCAGACCCUGGUCCGAGCCGAGGUGGACGAGCUCUACCAGCAAGUGCGUCCCCUGGGCCAGGGCCGCUUUGGCCGGGUCCUGCUGGUCACCCACCGUCAGAAAGGCACAGCCCUGGCCCUGAAGCAGCUCCCGAAGGCCUCCACCACCCUCCGCGGCUUCCUGUACGAGUUCUGUGUGGGCCUCUCCCUGGGCUCGCACUCGGCCAUCGUGGAGGCCUACGGCAUUGGCGUGGAGUCCGCCGACUCCUACAGCUUCCUGACCGAGCCUGUCCUGCACGGGGACCUCAUCGCCCUCAUCCAGCCCAAGGUGGGCCUUCCGCAGCCGGCAGCCCAGCGCUGUGUGGCCCAGCUGGCCUCGGCCCUGGAGCACAUCCACUCCCUCGGCCUGGUGUACCGGGACCUCAAGCCGGAGAACGUCCUGGUGUGCGACCCAGCCUGCCGGAGGGUCAAGCUGACCGACUUCGGCCACACGCGGCCCCGCGGGACCCUGCUGCGCCUGGCCGGGCCGCCCAUCCCCUACACGGCCCCCGAGCUCUGCGGCCCGCCGCCCCUCCCCGAGGGCCUGCCCAUCCAGCCCGCCCUGGACGCGUGGGCGCUGGGCGUGCUGCUCUUCUGCCUUCUCACUGGCUACUUCCCCUGGGACCAGCCCCUGGCCGAGGCCGACCCCUUCUACGAGGACUUCGUCAUCUGGCAGGCCUCGGGCCAGCCCCGGGACCGUCCUCGGCCCUGGUUCGGCCUGACGCCCGUGGCGGACACUCUCCUGUGGGGCCUGCUGGACCCUCACCCCCGAAGGAGGAGCCCCGUGAGCUCCGUCCGGGACUACCUGGGCCAGCCCUGGCGGCAGCGGGAGGGGGAGGCUGAGGAGGUGCCCCAGGCGGACGAAGGGGAUGAGGGGGACCUGGCGUGA